AUGACACUAGGGUUUGAGAUCUAUAUUUCACAUUAUGUAGAAACUGGUGUGUUAGAGAAUCCAUUAACCUUGCUGUCUGGGAAAAAUAAAAAUCGUCCUAAUUGCACCUGCAGGAGAGACAGCAAAGAUUUAGCAGUACUCACAAGAACUUCAAGCACAUCUGACCCAAUCUUGACACUUCUGGACCUCUACAAGCUUCCACAGUUAACCUAUGGGUCUUUUGAUCCUCUCCUGAGUGACCAUGGACAGUUUGGUGCUGUCAAUCAGAUAGCUGCCAAGGACUCAGCUCUAGCCCUGGCCAUAGUCUCCUUGAUACUUCAAUUUGGCUGGACCUGGGUGGGACUGCUCAUAACCAAAGACAACUAUGGGAAAGUCUGGGUCAUGAAUUCACCCUAUGAUGACAUGACCCUUAGCAAAAGAUACUUCCUGCUAGACUCCUUCCACGCAACUCUCAUCUUCUCUCACCACCAUACAGACAUUUCUGGGUUCACCAAUUUUGACCCAAGAGAUAACUAUUCCAAGGACUCAGGAGAUAUUUCUCUUCCUAGCUGGGCACCAGAUGCAGAGCCAGAGGGCAGAACGGGCUCUGUAUUCCUCGAGGACAGUGGAGGACAUCCAGGAAACAAGAAGCCACAAAAACUGAAGAUCCAUUUAGACACCUGCCUGACGCUGCAGCAUCCUCUCCUGAUCACUUUCUCUGAAGAUGGAAGAUGCAUUUGGACAGAGAAAUCUGUGGCAUGCAGCAAGGGAGAUGUGGUCAUUGCUGGAUUUUACCCCCUCUAUUCUUGGGAAUUGGUCGGUCAAGGCUUGAAUGACCCUACCCUGCAGCAACAGAACAUUCAGAUCAACUUAAAGAAAUACCAAUUGCUUCUCACCCUGCUGCUGGCUGUGGAGGAGAUCAACAAGAAUCCCCAUCUGCUACCCAACAUGACUCUGGGGUUUGAGAUCUACACUGUGCAUUACUCAGGUACUGAUCUGUUAGAGGAUCCACUCACCUGGCUGUCUGGGAAGAAUAAAAACAUCCCUAAUUACACCUGCAGAAGAGACAGCAAAGCUAUAGCGGCACUCACAGGAAUCUCAAGCACAUUCUUCCCAAUAGGGACACUGCUGGACCUCUAUAAACUUCCACAGUUCACCUUUAGGUCUUUUGAUCCUCUCCUGAGUAACCAUGGAAAGUUUGGUACUGUCUAUCAGAUGGCUGCCAAGGACUCAGGUCUAGCCCUGGCCAUGGUCUCCUUGAUGCUUCAUUUCAGCUGGAACUGGGUGGGACUAUUCAUCACUGAAGACAACAAUGGUAUGUGGUUCCUCUCAGAAUUGAGAGAAGAGAUGAGCAAGAGUAGAGUCUGCUUUGCCUUUGAGAACAUGAUCACUUACAAUGUCCUUUCAGAUUACUCAAAUGAUCUAUCGAUGCAGCGCCAGCUAAUGGACUUAUCAACCAAUGUGAUUAUCAUUUAUGCGGACAGUAAAUUUCUACUAGGCUUCAUUCUUAAAUGUAGGCACUUUUUAAUUACAGGCAAAGUCUGGGUCCUGAACUCACCCUAUGAUGAUGUGACUAUUGCUAAAAGACAUUUUCUGAUUGACUCUUUCCAUGCACCUCUUAUCUUCUCUCACCAUCAUAGAAACACUGCUGGGUUCACCAAUUUUAUUCUGACAGAGACCUUCACCAAGAACUCAGCAAAUAACUCCCUUCUCAGGUCAUGGAUUCAGUCUGUUUAUAGCCUACUGAUUAAGUCUGACUGCAGAGACUUGGGGCACUGUUCAUACAAUGCCACACUGCAUUGGUUGCUGAGGCACAUUUUUGACAUGACCAUGUCAGAUGAGAGUUACAACAUCUACAAUGCUGUGUAUGCUGUGGCCCAUGCCCUCCACCAGAUGUGUCUUCAUUACAUGGAAGAGCCAAGAGUGCACAAUGGGCAACACAGGGCAUUUCUCUCUUCACAGCUGCAUCCCUUUUUGAAGAAUAUCCAAUUUACCAAUCCUGUUGGAGACCAAGUGGUUUUGAAUGAGGAAAGGAACUUGGAGGCAGAGUAUGACAUUAAGAGCUUUUGGAAUUUUCCAGAAGGUCUGGGACAAAAGGUGAAAGUUGGCAAGUUUUCUCCAUCUAGGCCACAUGAUCAACAACUGAUUUUGUUUGAAAAUCUGAUAGAGUGGCCCAUAGGAAUUACCAAGACUCCUCAGUCUGUGUGCAGUGAGAGCUGUGGUCCUGGAUUCAGGAAGGCCUCUCUGGAGGGAAAUGCUACCUGUUGCUUUGAUUGCACUCCUUGCCCAGAGAAUGAGAUUUCUAAUGUGACAGACAUGGAGCAGUGUGUCAGGUGUGCAGAUCAUCAGUUUGCCAACAUCCAGAGAAAUCACUGCCUGAUGAAAACUGAGGGCUUCCUGGCUUAUGAAGACCCCUUGGGUAUGGCUCUGGCUUGCACAGCUCUCUGCUGCUCUGCACUCACAGCUGCUGUUAUUGGGGUGUUUAUCAAGCACCAAGACACGCCUAUUGUCAAGGCCAAUAACUGGGCUCUCAGCUACAUCCUGCUCAUCUCCCUCAUCUGUAGCUUCCUCUGCACCUUACUCUUCCUUGGCCGUCCUCACACAACUGCCUGCAUCCUGCAGCACACCACAUUCGCAGUGGUCUUCACUGUGGCUGUCUCAACAGUCCUGGCCAAGACCAUCACUGUGGUUCUGGCCUUCACGCUCACUGCUCCAGGGAGAAGCACGAGGCAGAGGCUGCUCUUCUGGGUUCCUAACCUCCUCAUCCCCAUCUGCACUCUCAUCCAGGUGACCCUCUGUGGCCUCUGGCUGCGAAUCUCUCCUCCCUUUGUGGACAAAGAUGCACAAUCUGAACAUGGCUACAUCAUCAUCCUGUGCAACAUGGGCUCCCUCACUGCGUUCUACUGUGUCCUGGGAUACCUUGGCUCUCUGGCCCUGGCCAGCUUCACUGUGGCUUUUCUGGCCAGAAACCUGCCUGACACCUUCAAUGAGGCCAAGUUCCUGACCUUCAGCAUGCUGGUGUUCUGCAGUGUGUGGCUUACCUUCCUGCCUGUCUACCACAGCACCAAGGGGAAGGCCAUGGUGGCCGUAGAGGUCUUCUCCAUUUUGGCCUCCAGUGCAGGUCUCCUAGGCUGCAUCUUUGCCCCCAAGUGCUACAUCAUCCUCAUAAGACCUGAGAGAAAUUCUUUCUCCAGGUUCAGGGAGAGAUCACGUUCUGGAAGAAACAAACAUUAA